AAACAAAUUUUCAAACUACAAUCAUGGUUCAAACUGCUGAUAAAGUUGUCGCUGUAGAUGAUGAAUCUGAUGAAGCCACUGAGAUUCACUGCCAGAAGAAAUCUCACGGCGGUUUAAGUUAUGAAGUGAUUUUAGCUGAACCAGCACCAUAUGUUACUCUACCAAAGCGUCCACUUUCACCUAGUAAAAAUGUCUCAGCUAAACAGAUUGAGCAAAAAUUGAUGGCUGCCGAAGAGAGGCGUAUUUUAUUGGACCAAAAGAAAAUAGCAGCUUUAAACAAUAAGUUUGCUAAGAUUGAAGAGGCAAAACGUAAAAAGGAUGAAAUCGCCAAUGAAUUCAUCAAUCAAAUGAAGGAACAAUUGGAAUCUAAAAUGGAAUAUUAUGUGGAGAAGCGUGAAGCUAUUUUUAGUGACCUAAAGAAAAAAUUGAAUAUUGAUUCACAAGAAAUUGAAAAAUUGGAGCAGCAAAAGAUUUCUGAAAAGGUGUCAAUCGAAGGGAAAUUGAAAAGCGCUCUGUCACUGAAUGAUGAUUAUAUUGAUAAGAUGUUGGAACGCCUUAAGGAUCUUAACGCAAACAAAGUUGCAGAAAUCAAAAAUCAAAUCGAUCAAUUGGAAUCACAGAAAAUUGAACAUUAUAAUAUAAAAUUAAAAGAGGUGCAAUAGAAGAAACGAAGAUACAAACUGAAACCGAACACCAGUUCCGUAAGAUUAACGACUAUUUAAAGGAAAACUCCAAAAAUUUUUAUACUUAUCAGCUCAAAAGUAGCAAGGGAAUAGCAGUAGUUGUUAAAGGCAUC